AGCAGUAGAUCUCAAGCCUUGAGGUUGCCAGAUAUCUUUUUGGGGUUAUCGAUGGAAAGAGAGAGAAGUAUAGAAUAGAAAGUUGAAAUAUGAAAUGAGAGCAAAAGAGAAGUAGAAAUAGAAAGAAAGGCCUGGGUGUGUGUUGGGGUUCUUUUAUCUCUUUAAAUCCACUUCUUUGUCUCUUUGCUUUUCUUUUCGUUUGAUCCCAUGCUCUUACUGCUCUGCGCUUUUGUCUUCUGUGGCAACCUCAGAUCGAUCAAAACAAAACUUUUUUCUUUAUCUUCUCCACCUCUACAAAACAUAAAGGAAGGUGGAGAUUUAUAGAAAGAGAUACAUAAAGAUUCAGUAGAAGCAUAAAAGAAAAGCAAAAAGAGAGUCUUUGCUUUGGUCACUCACUCAUAAUGGGUACAGGUUGGAGAAGAGCCUUUUGCACUACCAUUCCUAGAGACCACGCUGAUACCACCUCAAUUUCAGACAAACAGCAAACAAGUCCUAGUCAUAGUCCAGUGCCCAGAAGCUGUGCCAAACUAGCCUUCCUUUCUGGUGGAAGCAACCCCACAACGCCUCGCCUACAGUCGCAGCCCAUCUCUAGCCCAAGCUUACGUUGCCGAACCACAACUAAUGCUUCGGAACCACCUUCGACGAAUGAAAGUCCCAUGUUCCAUUCCAAAACCACACCCAGAGCGGCUAAGAGUUCAAACCCAUCAUCUCCUCGAUCUCCUCUGAAGCUGUCUCUCUUCAAGAAUAGCUUCAAAUUCAGGAGUAGCUGCGGAAUUUGUUUGAAUAGUGUGAAGACAGGUCAGGGCAGGGCAAUAUACACGGCAGAAUGUGCACACGCAUUUCACUUCCCUUGCAUAGCUGCCCAUGUCCGUAAGCACGGCAGCCUCGUGUGCCCAGUCUGCAACGCUACCUGGAAAGAUGUUCCUUUGCUCGCUAUCCACAAGAAUCUCCACCCACAAAAUGACACUGUUCAGAACAACAAUGCAGAUACCGAUUCCAACUGCAACAACAAACCCAAACUCGAAGAGAAAAAAGUUGUGGUGGUGGAAUCUUCACCUAGAGCCAUAAAGACCACCCCAAGACACGAACCCCAACAACCACUACCACUGAAUCCAAAAACCUCUGAUUCCAGAUCCUAUGAUGAUGAUGAGCCAUUGCUUUCUCCAACCGCCGGUGGCAGAUUUAUUCCUAUUCCUGAAGCUGAUGAGAAUGUCGAAGACGGGGAAGAUGACGAUGUCGAGGAAUUUCAAGGAUUCUUCGUUAAUCCUACCCCUUCAAUCAAAUCAGAUGAUGUUACGCUUAAUGGCAGCGGGGAUUCCAGAAAUGUUCAGGUUAGACUAUUGCCCGAAGCUGCUGUUGUUUCCGUGGGCCGUGGCUAUGAAACUUAUGCGGUGGCAUUGAGAGUUAAAGCGCCACCACCUCCACAACAGGCACGCAGCAGAAAUACGGCACCGCUUUUGGAUCCUUCUCAUCGGGCGCCAAUAGACUUGGUCACAGUUCUUGAUGUGAGUGGAAGCAUGACCGGAGCUAAAUUGCAGAUGCUUAAACGCGCCAUGAGACUGGUGAUUUCAUCUCUCGGCUCGGCUGAUCGGCUUUCAAUUGUGGCUUUCUCUUCCAGUCCUAAGAGGUUGUUGCCUCUGAGGAGAAUGACGGCUCACGGUCAGCGGUCUGCUCGCCGCAUCAUUGACCGGCUCGUGUGUGGUCAAGGGACCAGCGUGGGAGAUGCAUUAAGAAAAGCAAGUAAGGUGCUCGAAGACAGGAGGGAACGGAAUCCCGUUGCAAGCAUCAUGCUAUUAUCCGAUGGUCAGGAUGAACGAGUCCAAAGCAGUAGCGGGAAUCAACGGCAUGCUUCAGUCCACGUUUCGUCCACCCGAUUUGCUCAUAUUGAGAUCCCAGUCCAUGCGUUUGGGUUUGGCCAAAGCGGCAGCUACAGCCACGAGCCGGCUGAGGAUGCGUUUGCUAAAUGCGUAGGUGGUUUGCUGAGUGUGGUGGUACAAGACUUGAGAGUUCAGCUUAGCUUCGCUUCCGGCUCAGCGCCGGCUGAGAUAUUAGCUGUGUAUUCAUGCGAUGCUAGGCCUACUGUUCUCAGCUCUGGCUCGGUGCGGCUGGGCGACUUGUACGCGGAAGAAGAAAGGGAACUAUUGGUGGAGCUGAGGGUCCCAUCUUCAGCUGUUGGGUCCCACCACGUGAUCUCUGUUCGUUGCCUUUACAAGGACCCCGCCACACAAGAGGUUGUAUACGGCCGCGAUAGGGCCCUUCUCGUCCCCCGUCCCCACGCCGUACGAUCAUCGGCGCCCAAAAUUGAACGGCUAAGGAAUCAUUUCAUCACCACUCGAGCCAUAGCCGAAGCUCGAAGGCUAUUGGAGCACAACGACUUCACAAGCGCUCAUCACUUGCUGGCGUCGUCUCGGGCUUUGAUAUUACAAUCCAGCUCCAUAUGCACUGAUGGGUAUGUGAGAGGGUUGGAGGCUGAGCUGGCGGAGUUACACUGGAGGAAACAGCAUCAACUAGAGCAGCAGCAGCAGCAGCAGAUGAUGAUCCAACGGCGGAAAGGAAGCGAGAGGGAGACAAUGGUUGUGAUUGAUGAGAAUGGUGAGCCGCUUACACCAACUUCAGCUUGGAGAGCCGCCGAAAAGCUGGCUAAGGUAGCCAUGAUGAAGAAGUCGUUGAACAAAGACAGCGAUUUACACGGCUUCGAAAAUGCUAGAUUUUAAUUAAUGAAAAAAAGAAAAGUAGAAAACCUUUUCUUCAGGACAUUAUUGAUUUUGGGAAAUGAAUGGAGGAAAACAAAAAAAAAAAAAAACCGAAAGGGACGUUGAAAUUGUGGAUUAUAAUUAGAUAGAUAUAAAAAAUAAUUAUAUAAUAUCAGUAUAAAAAGGAGGGACAAGCUGGUAGCAGACGGCGCGGGCCUUGUGCACAAGGAUGAUGGAGAGCCUGAGUGUUUGAGCUUGUCUUUUUAAUUUUCAAUCAGAAGCUGAAUCCACAUUUGACUCCAAUUUGUUUUUCUUAGGCAUUUUGAUCUUUCAUCAUCAUGAUUUGUUUCAAACCCCAUCAAAGUUGUAAAUGGCUAGUGGAAUAGAGCCCUUUUUUCUUUCUUUCUGUUUUUUAUAAAAAAAUUCACAUUCUCAUGAUGAAAUGAGAAAAGGUGGAGAUGGGAGCUCAUAGGACAGUAUGAUUGGGGUAGCUAGCUUGGACUUGUAAUGAUGAUCGAAUCAUUUCUUUUGUUAUGAACAUGAUAUUACCUUAUCUGA